UUAAUGGACUAACCGAGUGACAGUUGUUUAAUUCGGCCGGCUGACAUAUGUGUUAAGCGUUGUGACUGUAGCCGUGCUAACACUGUUGCGUGACGGUGUCGCCAGAGCCUGAGAGGUGAUGUCUUGGCGUUAAUCUGCCUCAAGUGGGUUAAGUUUGUCGACCGGGGCUGUGUGUGACUCUGUCCAGCCAGUUCCUGCGCCUCAGUCCCGAGUCCUGCCACUGCGAGGAUGUUCCCCAGCCUGGCCCACCGACCGUGGCACGUCUUCUGCAGGGUCUCCCUGCAGCACAGGCCGCCCCUGUCUCAGCGAUCCCCGAGGUUCUCCCAGAGCUACGGGUUUCAAAGCGGGGGGAUUCACUGCCUGCGGUUCAGCUUGCCUGACUGUCGUCUCACAUCUCUGGGACUGACCAAGGUCCAGUAUUACUCCACGUCCGGCAGCAGUAAAGAUGAACCCCCUAAAUCGCCGCCGGGUGACGCUCCCUCGGCAGAAAAGGUUCUGUCUGGUGCUGCUAAAGUGUCCCCCGCAUCUAUGGGCAUAACGCCUCAGGGCCUGACAAAAGCGGAGACAAUUCAAGUUAAAGUUCGGGCUGUCCUGAAGAAAAGGGAAUAUGGAGCUAAAUACACUCAGAAUAACUUCAUCACUGCUGUCAGAGCCAUGAAUGAGUUCUGUCUUAAACCAAGUGAUUUGGAGCAACUACGAAAGAUCCGAAGGCGCAGCCCGCACGACGACACCGAGGCUUUCACGGUGUUCCUGCGGUCAGACGUGGAGGCCAAGGCACUGGAUGUGUGGGGAAGCCAUGAAGCUCUCGCUAGAGAGAGAAACCUCAGGAAGGAAGUGGAGCGAGAGUACCAAGAAAAUAUCUUUCGAAAUCAGCAGUUAUUGAAAGAAUAUAAAGAUUUCUGGGGAAACACAAAGCCGCGAUCAGGAAAGCGGGCGACAUUUCUUCAGGGACCGGGGAAGGUGGUCAUGGUCGCCAUUUGCAUCAAUGGGUUAAACUUCUUCUUCAAGCUCCUGGCUUGGGUCUACACUGGAUCAGCCAGCAUGUUCUCAGAAGCCAUCCACUCUCUGGCCGACACCUGCAACCAGGCGCUGCUGGCUCUGGGAAUCAGUCAGUCUGUCCGCAACCCGGACGCCGGUCACCCGUAUGGCUUCUCCAACAUGCGCUACAUCGCCUCUCUCAUCAGCGGCGUGGGCAUUUUCAUGAUGGGAGCAGGCCUCUCCUGGUACCACGGCAUCAUGGGAUUGUUGCAUCCAGAGCCCAUUGAGUCUUUGUUAUGGGCUUACUGUAUUCUGGCGGGCUCUCUGGUGUCAGAAGGAGCCACUUUACUAGUUGCCGUCAAUGAGAUAAGGAGGAGCGCCCACCAGCAUGGACUCUCUUUCUAUGAAUAUGUGAUGCAGAGCCGAGACCCCAGCACCAACGUGGUGCUGCUGGAGGACGCCGCGGCCGUGCUGGGAGUCGUCCUGGCUGCCGGCUGCAUGGGCCUCACCUCACUCACAGGUAACCCCCUGUAUGACAGCCUGGGCUCGCUGGGCGUGGGCACGCUGCUGGGCACCGUCUCCGCCUUCCUCAUCUACACCAACACGGAGGCCCUGCUGGGACGCUCCAUACAGGCCGAGCGCGUUCAGAAGCUCACCGAGUUUCUGGAGAACGACCCCGCCGUCAGAGCAAUCCACGAUGUGAAAGCCACCGACAUGGGGCUGAGCAAAGUGCGCUUUAAGGCCGAGGUGGACUUCGAUGGCCGGGUGGUGACGCGGUCUUAUCUGGAAAAACAAGACAUUGACCAAAUCCUCAAUGACAUCCAGCAGGUGAAGACCCCCGAGGAGCUGGAGAGCUUCAUGCUGAAACAUGGAGAGAACAUCAUCGACACGCUCGGCGCCGAGGUGGACCGCCUGGAGAAGGAACUCAAGCAACGCAACCCAGAGGUUCGCCAUGUGGACCUGGAGAUUCUAUAAUCCCUUUGGCGUCUGCAAGGAGGAAACGUCCUGCUGGUUCCACAGGAACCACAGAAGAAGAAAAGAUGAAAGGAGUGGCCAGCCUGCCUCGUGAAAUGCCUCCCCUUCUGACAUCCUCCAAAAAAAAAAAAAAACAAACAAAACAGCACAUAAACACAAA